CUAUUUCAUUCUCCAUUUUCUUCUUAGGGUUAAGGUUCUCCAUUUUCCUCUGCUUCGCUAUCAGAGCAGAGGCUCGCUGCUUGCUUCACUUCUUCCCUAUACAAUGGCGGACUCACAUUCCGCUACAUUUCCACCUCCUGUUGCUUCCUCUUCUUCUACUGCCAUUCGGGAUCCUUCUGGAGCUUCUUCGUCGUCCACUCCAGGAUCUUCACGAGUCCCCCGCCAAGAGGAAAGUCGAAGUCAUCAUCCUCGAUCUCAAUCCCCUGGUCGAGAGCAGCAUAAUUUAAGCGUCAUCGAUUGGACAUAUCAAAAUGCGUCUUCAGUGGCCAGGGAUGAUUCAUGGUCCUGUAUCGUUGUUCUUUUCACCUUUUGGUUCUUCGUGUCGAUGACUAUGAUACUUGGAGUUUACGGGUCAAUGAACCUCCUGCUUGGUCCAAGUGCUUCUCUUCUUCUCCAACCUAACCCCAUAUUCGUCCAAUAUAUAAAGGUAGAAAGCUUAGAUUCGAAGCCAGGAGUCAUGCUCUAUGGUACAUACGGAACCCCCGCUCUUGAUGUUUUCACUAUUUGGACUGAAACUCGCAAUGUAACUGUUCCAUCUGAAGGGCAUGAGGAAUGGAAAUAUUACCUGAAUGAAGGGUCUCAAGUAAAUAUUUCAUAUCGCAUGAGCUCUGAGAGCCCCUCUAUUGUUCUUGUAAUUGCAGAAGGGGAUAAAGGCCUCUCUCAGUGGCUGGACUAUCCAUCAUAUCCUAAAAGCACUCUUUCAUGGAACAUUAUCCAUGGAGCUGGUAUGAUAACACAGGACAUAUUCAGUUCAUCGAACUAUUAUUUGGCACUAGGAAAUCUGAACGAGGAGGAGGCAGAGGUGGAACUGAUCAUCAGAGUAAGGGCGGCCAUGUAUAAUACAACUGAUGCUUACUACAAAUGUAAUUUGACUAGUGACCCAUGCGGAUUGAGUGUUUUCUUUCCUGAUGGGAAUGCAGCCGUCUUAACAUCUCCUGGACCACAACAGAACACAUCCACAAAUCAGUGGUAUAUCAAAUUGUCCUAUGGACCAAGAUGGGUCACAUAUAUUUUUGGCAUGGGUGGAUUGACUUUGCUUAUUUUUUUGGCCUUCAACUACCUUAACAAGCUCCAUUAUUCUCAAGAAGAUAGCGUAGGAGUUAGACAUGAGGGAACAGUACCUCUAGGAGUCCCUUUGCUUUCUCACAAAGAUGAUGAUCUUUCCAGCUUGGGUUCAUCAUAUGAAUCCAUGUCACAAGAUGAGGAGGAUCUUAGCUUUCUUACGGGGGAUUCUAUUAAUGGGAAGUCAUUAGCUGAUGGUGAAACCGGUAAUAAUACAAGGCGCCUCUGUGCAAUAUGCUUUGAUGCUCCAAGGGACUGCUUCUUCCUUCCUUGCGGACACUGCGUGGCUUGUUUUGAAUGUGCAACAAGGUUAGCAGAGGCAGACGGUACUUGCCCUGUAUGCCGCAGGAACAUGAAGAAAGUGAGAAAGAUAUUUACUGUUUGAGCAGUGGAUGCAGUGCGCAGUGUCUUGCGGCACAGACAAAAAAUGAAUGGCCAGAUCAGAACCACAGAUUUAGUUUGCAUCUUAUAAGCCACUGUUUUCCUGAAAAUCAUUAGCAAUAAUUGAGCUAAUGGUAGCUGGUGGUGAGGGUAGUCAUAGACAGUAUUCAUUGGCCAUUUGCCGGACAGCCAGAGGAAAUGAAAAGGGGCAAGGUGUGUUUUUGGUACAUAAUGAGAUUGCUCUGUUUCUCAAAUGACACGGGAUACAAAGGUUUUUAUGUGGAUUUUUUGCCUUGCCCUUUUCUUCCUGGAAUCAGGAAAGGCCGCAAGAGGAGUGCAAAUUGCCUAAUUUUUUCUUAUCAUUACACUAGUUUGGAUUUUAUUCGUAUAAUUCAAGAGAUGAUAAUUUUUUGUGAUUUAUCAGAAAAAUUUGAAGUA